AAACACGGUCCGAGAAAAUCGUAAAUGGUGACAAGUGAACUGAGGAUGCCUCGAAAUAAAAUCCGUCUUUAUUGACUUUGGAUCGCUUUUGAAGCAUUUCCCUCUGCAAAGCAGUCCAUUUUAGCCUUGGUUGGUUUUUCUUUGUUUUGAGAGGGGCACUACUGGCGAUGUUGGUGGAAGAACAUUAAUAGGAGAAUUUCGUGUGAAGAACAAAAAUGCUUGUGUUUUGUCUUGUGGCUUUCUUGGGCAUUGGAGUGUCUCUCAUCCAUGACGUCAGCUCACAGAGAUUCCCGGCCGGGGGUCUGGGCCAGCUAGGGCCUGGGUUUCCCGCGUCUCCUGGCGGUCUGGGCGCCGCUCCUGGGGGUAUAAGAGGUCGCCAGAUCGAUAUCGGGGGUCCGCUCGGUUCUCUGAACCCAAUUCCUCCACUGGACCCGUUUGCCAGGGGCGGUGUCCGAGUGAAUGCCCCUGCAGGGCCCCCUGGUGGCCCCGGGCCCCUCCGUGCCCCGAGCCGCCCCCCUCAGCUGUCGGUGGAGCUGCUGUUUCUGGUGGACAAGAAGGCCAGGGACGA